GCACGACCCCGGAACUGCAUCCGGGACAGAAAGCUGGUCGACUCUGCAUCUUCUGUUGAACCUUAUAUCGCAAUUAGUUACGGGUGGGACACCCGUCCUUCUUUCAAAGAAUGGGAAGGUAGGCGGGUCACAGAGCAAGCAUUACACAUCGCCGAUCGACUCUCGAAACGCACCUCAUAUGCUCUGUGGAUCGAUGCAAUCUGCAUUGGCCAGGACAAUGAACCAGUAAAGAUGGUUGAGCUUGCGAAGAUGGCGGAUAUAUACCUCGGGGCCACAGCGGUGUUAUGCCUUGUACCGGAGAUAGACCAAACGACAUGCAGAGUCGUGGAGCAUGGAACCGAAAUGAUAGAUUUAGAUGGAUUCUGUGCACUUGAACAUGCUGGAGACACGCACAGGAUGUACGUGUUCGCUUCCCAAGGCUCAAACAAGGCGCUGCACAUGCUAUUCAGCAGCAGGUGGUGGACGCGUGUCUGGACGUUGCGAGAGGCAGUUCUUAAUCGCAUAACGUUUUUGGUGGGAGAGAAAGAAGAAACUAUUACUAUUUCCGACGUCCUCAAAAUCUCACCC